AUGAGGUUGAAGCCCCCGGGACCAAACGAAAGUGCCGGGUAUUUUCAUUCUAUAAAUAGAUUGAAGUCUUAUACUUCCUGUGGUAAGGACCCUUUGGCUAUUGUUUAUGAACCAGUAUCUGUGGUAGUGGUAGAGCCUCCUACGGAUGAUUUUGUAAAUUUGGUUGGUCAGGUGUCUUCCGAUGCUCUAUUUGACAAUGUUCAGAACUUAGAAAUUUUAAAGGAGGGAUUAGAGCAUCUGGAGACUAAUCAGAGAAGUGAUGUUAUGGAAUUAAUCCUUGCCUUCCCAGAGUUAUUUCAGAAUGCGCCAGGACGAACGAGCUUGCUCCAGCAGAUUCGAUUGUGGGGCAGUGCUUCCCCGGUAAAGCAGUCUCCUUAUCGAUUAAAUCCAAUGAAGAGGGACAUUGUUGAUAAGGAAAUUAAGUAUAUGCUGGAGCACGACCUCAUUCAACCUUCGGUGAGUCCAUGGAGUUCUCCAAUAGUCCUCGUAAAAAAACCUGACGGAAAGUUCCGAAUGUGCGUCGACUAUCGUAAGAGAUUUGACCGACCAUAA